GGGAACGCAGCUGAAUCUGUCGGCGAGCUGGCGGGGUGAGGGAAAAGCACCGGGCUUUUGAAAAAGUUUUAUCUUGCCGGCGCGCUCGGCCUUUCAGACGCUACCGAACACCGGUACGCUGUUGUACGGUUCUCUGUGUCCCGCGUUGUCGACUUUAGGCCAGUUUGUAUAUCGAAGUUCCAUAGCCGGUCCUCACAGUGUGCCGGCCUGCGAAGAUCCAGAUCGAAGUGCCCUUGGACACAGGACUGGUCGCGUGCUUCUUCUCCUCGUCAUGCGUUGACGAGGUUCCUCGCCAGAGUCCAGUGUAUAGAGAAGAUUUAAACAGCAAGUGUAGCGAACAGGUCCUCCUCCCAUCAUGAGGGACUCUAUUUUGCUGAGGAGUUGCCUGCUGCUACUACUCGUUACCGGCACUGUCCUCGUGGAUGCUUCUGUAGAGAAUGACGAUCUGGUCUUCGACCAGGAUGGCAAGCAAUUCUUUGGAGAGCUGCCCAUGAUAGAGACACGUCAACACGACACCCUGCUUCAGAGGAUAAGAAGAUUCUUCGACAUUUUUAGCACCACUACAACCUCCUCCACUACCGAGGCUCCAGAACCCGGAGAAGACAACGCGGAGAACGAACUAGAGGAUGCACCUCUGCCUGACUCUGACGCAGAAGGGAACACUGAGCCUCAAGUGUCCAGUGUCAAGGCUUCAGUCAACUCCGAGAGACAGGCACGUGAUAGUGCUGAAGAAUACGACGAAAACGAGAACAACGAGAUCGGGAACGCUGCAGAGGGCCGAAGAGAACCAGAUAAUUUUGCCAUCACUGAUGACGAGGACCUGGAUGGAUCUGGAGAAGUGGAAGGCAGCGCCACUGAAAAGUACCCCAACACGAAUCACGUACCUUUCAGAGGAGAAAGAAAGUACUACAGGAUAACUCUGACAGUUGGAGAGCCGUAUAGGAGAGAAUACGCGGACAGGAAUAGCAAAGAGUACAAGGAGUUAAGUCAUAAUUUAACGCAGCCCCUCGAAGAGUUGUUGAACCGCCAGAUACCCCAUGAGUAUCACUACGCCAAUGUUAUUAAAAUAUCGCCAACGACCGACAGCUUCACGUCGCAAGUUACCGUGGACAUCGGUUCGACGUUCACGGAUGACUUGGAGAUGCGGAACAUCAUCGAGGAGCAGCUGCAGUACCACUCGUUGGGCAACAUCCAAGUGCGUCCGGAUGGAUUCACGUUCAGAAUAUUCCAAGGCCCGAAAGACGAUGACGAGCAGGAGUGCGACGAGUCAACCAAGUUAAGGUGCAAAGAUGGCGAAUGCGUGCCAUUAGACUCGAGAUGCGACGGAAUUGCGCAAUGCCUAGAUGCCUCCGAUGAAAUAGAUUGCCCUGUAACAACAACGCUAGCGAUAAAUACGAAUUACGAGAACAUCACAAUUCCCCUUAAAACCACCGAGAAACCAGAGGAUACGUCGAUCACUGAGGAGUAUCAUGGGAUCAUAGAUAGCAAAGUGAAAUUGGGCAACUGUCGGGCCGAUGACACGGUUCGUUGUAGCGAUGAAAGUCGUUACAUCUGCUCUGUGCAGCGCUGCGAUGGUGUAAAGGACUGUGACGAUGGCGAUGAUGAGAUUGGUUGUCCCCAUCCAGGUUGUAGUCCCGGAGAAUUUGCCUGCGACGUGUCUAGGUGCAUUUUGGAAUCGCAACGGUGUAAUUUCGUCAAGGAGUGCGACGAUGGAAGCGACGAACACGACUGCAAUUAUCCUGCUUGCACCGCCUCGCAAUACAAAUGCAACAACGGCCAGUGUAUUGACAGUAACGCUCGCUGUGAUGGCGUGACAGAUUGUUCAGACAGUUCUGACGAACAUAACUGCCCUUGCAGAGAAAACGAAAUCGAAUGCAUCCCUGGCUUUUGCCUACACAAAUCGAAAGUCUGCGAUGGGUUCUUCGAUUGUAACUAUGGACAGGAUGAGGAAAAUUGUGACUACAUAACUGUAUGUCGACCAGACGAGUUCAAGUGCGCUGACGGAAGUUGCGCGAGCCAGAGCGCGAGGUGCGAUGGAAGACCUGACUGCCGAGAUCAUUCCGACGAAAUCAAUUGCAACGUGACCACCUGCAGCGGAGAUCAGUACAGAUGUCUGGACGGGACCUGCAUCAGCAUCGACAGAAGGUGUAAUCAGAUCAUAGACUGUCAUAACGGAGACGACGAGAAGCAGUGCGGUUGCGGACAUGCCGAGUUUCGCUGCGAGGAUGGCCGGUGCAUCGGUUACGAGUUGCAGUGCAACGGGGUGGAGGAGUGCUCUGAUGGCUCUGACGAGAGGGACUGCGGCCAACCAUGGCCACGCUGGGCAACCGACAGCCCGAGGGAAUGCGAUCCGAGCAAGGAAAUGCGUUGCGACAACGGACAAUGCGUUCUGCUUCAACGUAAAUGUGACAAUAUCUUCGACUGCCUCGACGAUAGUGAUGAGCAUGGUUGUGGGGUCUGCACACCUGCCGAAUGGAAAUGUGCCAGUGGUGAAUGCAUACCAGAAAUCGAGAGAUGCGACAAUGUAAUCCAGUGUGCUGACAGUUCUGACGAAUUUGGAUGUGUAAGCGAAUGUCCGGCUGGAAUGUUUCGAUGCAACGAUGGAUUGUGCGUGGACAGUAAAAGACGUUGCGAUGGUCGACGACAUUGUUGGGACGGCUCGGACGAGAUCAAUUGCCAAUGUCCCAUUGGCCAACAACCCUGUGACGACGGAGUAUGCAUCUUCAAGCACUUCUUCUGUGAUAACAACAUCGAUUGCCACGACGGUAGCGACGAACGUGACUGCAAUAUAACCGUUGUAACGCCUCCACCAGGAUGUAGCGAGAGUGAGUUCACCUGUCACGAUGGAAGUUGCAUUCCGCGAUCCUCUGUCUGCGACCGACGGGUCGAUUGUCCCCAUGAAGAUGACGAGGCAAAUUGUCCUCGAGGUAGAAACACGUCGGAUAGAACCACCCUGGUAGGGCUAAUCCACGAGAACCACGCUAGCAAGGGUUACAAUCUGGAUUAUCAGGCGCCAACUAAUUUGAGCACUCCAAGGAGUUGUGCUCCGGAUGAUUUUGUUUGUGCUGAUGGCACUUGCAUCCCUGAAACUCACCACUGCGACCAUUUCUACGACUGCCGCGACUUUACCGACGAACAGUAUUGCUUCGGCUGUGGCAAAGACCAAUUCCAAUGUAGAAAUGGAGAUUGCAUCAGAACUGACCAAAAAUGUAAUGGUCUCUUAGACUGUGUUGAUGGAUCUGAUGAAGAUUGUGAUCAAGUUGGUUCUCGCCCAAUGCCUGGCCGUUGCUCAGCAGGUUAUAUCAUGUGUGUUCAAGACAAAGAUUGUGUACCUCAGUCCUCCCGCUGCAAUGGAGUGCCAGAAUGUAGAGAUAGAUCUGAUGAAGAAAACUGCUACAUGAAACAUGAUGAAGAACAACUCAAUUUGAAGACCUAUCCUAGUGAACAAGUGAUCAAAGAAAACCCGCAGAAGCAAGGUCGUGAAGUCGUCUUCCAAUGCCGUGAUGAGGGUCCUCUUCGAGCCAGAGUACGUUGGCUACGAGGAAAUAAUCUUCCUCUGCCUCCUGGAAGUCGAGAUAUCAAUGGUCGUCUAGAAAUACCAAAUAUCCAGUUGGAUCAUUCAGGACCAUAUAUCUGCGAGGCUGUUGACUAUCCUUCACUCAUCCGUGGCCGACAAAUGACCGUAUACCUUACUGUAGAAAAGUUUGACCCACCAGCAACAAACAGACCUCAUGUGUGCCAAUACGAUGAAGCUACCUGUAGCAAUGGUGACUGCAUUCCCAAGUCUCAUAUAUGUAAUGGUAGACUGGACUGUACUGAUGGUUCUGAUGAAAUGCGUUGCAAUCCACAUGGCUGCGAACCCAAUGAAUUCCGCUGUAAUAAUACACAAUGUGUGAGCAAACUAUGGCGCUGUGACGGAGAAAAAGACUGUGCUGACAAUAGUGACGAAGAAAACUGUGCCCCGAGCAGACCAGGCUCUCCUUGCCGUUUUACAGAGUAUACUUGUGCCAGUAAUGAUCAAUGUAUACCUAAAGGUUAUCACUGUGAUUUGGAAAAGGACUGUUUGGACGGCAGCGAUGAAAUUGGAUGUUCCAUAGCACAUAUAGUGAAGCCACCACAACCCAUGAUUACUUUAAAUGUAGGAGAAGUUUUAGUAAUCACUUGCAUAGCAGUCGGUGUACCUACUCCUGAAAUUAACUGGCGUCUUAACUGGGGUCAUAUUCCUCCUAAAUGCACUAUGACAUCAAUAAAUGGAACUGGAACUCUUACUUGUCCAGAUAUUCAACCAGAAGACCAGGGUGCUUAUUCCUGUGAGGCAUUAAACAGUGGUAGUCGUUACGUGUUCGCUACACCUGAUGCCAUUGUAAUGGUAAACAAAUCUGUCGGAGACAUUUGUCCCAAAGGAAUGUUUAAUUCUGAGGCCAGACAUAUAGAUGAGUGUAUUUCCUGUUUUUGCUUCGGUGUCGCUACCGAGUGUCACAGUGCCAACCUCUUUACUUAUCAAAUUCCACCACCUUUUGAUCGUUACAAUGUUUUAACAGUCAAAUAUCAACCAGAUUUUAAUAUUCAAAGAGAUGUCAGCAAACAAGUCACAAUGUUAAAAGGUAUAGGUCGAGAUGGAUUACAGCUGUAUCAAUCAAAGGCAUUGUUACCCGAAUUAAGUAACGAAAAGGAAUCCCCAUAUUUUGCUCUGCCUGAAAGUUAUCAUGGAAAUCAGUUAAAAUCUUAUGGUGGUUAUUUGAAAUACAGAGUACGUUUUAAUGGAACUGGUUUGCCAACCACCACACCAUCAGUUAUUUUAAGUGGAAACAAUUAUCAUCUGGUGCACAGAGGAAAACAAUUGAAACCGAAUUACGAUAAUGAAGAAAUUGUUAGAUUCUUCCAGGGUGAAUGGUAUAAAAUACAAGGCUGGAACGAAAUUCCGGCCACUAGGGAAGAUAUCAUGAUGACUCUGGCGAAUGUAGAUAACAUUCUAAUAAAGGUACAGUAUGACACUUCUCCAUACUUAGACGUCCGUAUCACACAUAUAGUUAUGGACACCGCUGAUGUAAGGAAUACUGGACUUGGAUCAGCAUCUUAUGUAGAGGAAUGUGAAUGUCCUUCAGGAUAUAAUGGCCUAUCAUGCGAGCAAUGUGCUCCAGGAUAUCUCAGACGAGAAUCUGGUUCUUGGCUUGGUCAAUGUUACAGAGAUGAACCACCAUGCCCUGCAGGAUACUAUGGGGAUCCUUCAAGAAACAUUGUUUGUCAAAUGUGUCCUUGUCCACUCACCAAUCCAUCUAACCAAUUUGCACGCACCUGUCAUCUCGGAUCAGAUGGUCAACCAACUUGCGAUUGUCCACCAGGAUACGUAGGUCGUAGAUGUGAACAAUGCGACGUGGGAUAUCAAGGAAAUCCUCUUAUUCCAGGAGAUAUGUGUGUUCCCACAUCUCAUUGUGAUCCCAAUGGCAGUCUAACUCUACUUGCAGAUCCUAUCACCGGAAGAUGUCGAUGCAAGUUAUACACGACGGGUCUUACUUGCAAUCAAUGUAAGGCAAAUACAUUCAAUUUGGCAUCAAAAAAUCAAUUUGGUUGCAUCAGCUGCUUCUGCAUGGGUGUUACCAAUAAAUGUGUUUCCUCCAACUGGUAUAGAAAUGACAUUCGAGUUUCUUUUACCAAUUCUAUCAGAGAUUUUUCUCUUAUUGAAUCUAAAACUCCAGACGCUGUACCAAUCACGGAAGGUAUUCAUCUAGACGCAGUCAGCCGUGAAAUCAUUUACAGUAAUUUCCCCAAUCGGGGAAAUAAUGAUGUUUACUACUGGCAGUUGCCUAGUAUCUUCUUAGGUGACCAGAUUACUUCUUACGGUGGAAACCUUAAAUAUACUGUUCGUUAUGUGCCGGGUCCAGGUGGUCAAAGCUCAAAAAACAAUGCUGCUGACGUGCGAUUAAUUAGUGCCAAUGAUAUCAACCUGCUGUAUUUCUCUCGAGAAUCUCCCGAGCCAAAUACUCCACAAACUUUCACCGUUCCUCUCUUAGAACAAUAUUGGCAACGCAAUGAUGGAACACAAGCUGACAGAGAACACUUAUUAAUGGCUUUAGCUGACAUUCGUGCGAUCAUGAUUAAAGCCACGUAUACUACUCAUACCGACGAAGCUGCCUUGUCAUUAGUAUCCUUGGAUACAGCUGAAAAGUACAAUACAGGAAGAAGUAGAGCGAUGGAGGUAGAAGAAUGCAGCUGUCCAAUAGGUUACAAAGGAUUAUCCUGUGAGGAUUGUGAUGUUGGAUAUACUAGAGCAGAUGAAGGUCUUUAUCUGAGUAUUUGUGAACCCUGUAAUUGCAAUGGUCACUCUAACCAAUGCAAUCCUGAUACUGGUGUAUGCGAGAACUGUGCUCACCAUACCACUGGGGACUUCUGCGAAAUGUGUGAAAUAGGUUACGAAGGUGAUGCAACUCAAGGAUCUCCACAAGAUUGUGUCUAUAGAGGUAGGAUAGACGAAUGCAUCUGUAAUGAAUCUGGUUCACGGAGCAACGUGUGUAUUGGCGGCAGAUGUAACUGUAAGCGAAAUGUCGAAGGACCUGAAUGUAAUCGAUGUCGUCAAGCCACGUUCGGAUUAUCCGCAGAUAAUCCAGAUGGGUGUAGUGAAUGUUAUUGCAGUGGAGUGACAGAUCAGUGUCAUGAAAGUUCCCUAUACAUUCAGCAAAUACCUAUGGGGAUCUAUGACAAUCAACAUGGUUUCGCUCUAACUGAUGCAACAAGACAAGAUAUCAUUGAUGAUGGUUUCGAAUUGAAUUUAGCUACAAAUGAGAUAGGAUAUCGAUAUCUAGAUAACAGAGGACGCAGAUUAUUCUGGUCUCUACCAACCAUUUUCACUGGCAAUAAAAUUAAAAGUUAUGGAGGCAAUCUGUCUUUGACUCAACAUAUCACUACUUAUCCUGGAGCACAAAGUUAUAAGGACCAGGAUAUUAUCCUAGUUGGAAAUGGAAUCACCUUAUUCUGGACAAAUCCUAUAGAUAUUCAGCUUGGCGUCCCAUUUACCUAUUCUGUGCCAUUCAGAGAGUCAGAAUGGAAGCGUUUGACUAUCGAGGGGCCACGAGUAACCUCCAGAAUUGAUCUAAUGACAGUGCUUUCCAAUUUGGAAGCAAUUUUAGUUCGUGCAACGCAUAGUGAACGAAUGACAGCUACCUACAUUAGCGAUAUAAGCUUGGAUACAGCUGUAGAACAUCAAACUGGUAAUAGAAGAGCUAUUCAAGUAGAAGUUUGUCGCUGUCCAACUGGCUACAUUGGAACAUCCUGCGAAUCCUGUGCCAGAGGUUACUAUAGAGACACCAGUGAUCGAUCUAUCAGUUACCUGGGUUCCUGCAUCCUAUGUCCUUGCAAUAACAAUGAAGAAAGUUGCGAAAUGAUGCGGACUGGCCAAGUGAAAUGCCACUGUCAGCCAGGAUAUGAGGGCCAAUAUUGUCAAGAUAUUGGUAAAGUGACGGUAAGUCUAACGCCAAUGACGAGUGAAGUAAAGGCAAACUCGUGGGUUGUAUUCACAUGCAGUUACGAGUACCCAUACCCAUUGUAUAUCUCUUUUAAACUGACUCCGUUCAACAACACACCUGUAACCGCGACCAGCAUCAAGCAAGAACCCAUUGAAAAAACAUCAAAAGGAUCAUUGAGGACCUUGCACGUCUAUACUCAGCGAGAUCCCUUCAACGUAGAAUGUCACAUCUGGGAUCAAAGAGGAAAGACAUUAAUGAAAGUUGUGAUAUCAGUUACACCAGAAAGUUCUACCAUACCGACUACCGUGCCAUAUCCAACCAUAAAUCCACCAAAAAUCUUAGUUUAUAUUAAAGGUCCAGAGUUCCAAAUUAUUGAAACAGGAAGUACUGUUAAAUACCAUUGCGCUGCAAAUUCUGUUGAUAAUGAACCAUUGCGCAUCAAAUGGGAAAAAGAAGGUGGACAAUUACCACCGGGAAGAAGCGUGGAUGACAGCUAUGGCUUAUUGAUCAUUAGAGACGUCAAAGUAUCCGAUAGCGGUAUUUAUGUUUGUCAAGUUAGCGAUGGAGUACAUAUUGGCUACAGAAACGUUACUCUUACCGUUGGAGCUUUUCCACAAAGCUUGCUGGAUAUUCCAGCCGCACCAAAAGCUGUUGUCAUGCCACCAUCUUUGCAUGUACUGGUGGGGAAGCCCGCAGAAUUUCAAUGUGAGGCGAGCGGACAUCCAUCACCACAAAUCGAAUGGAUUCGUGUCCAUGGUGUUAUGAAUCCAGGAGUAAUAAUCCACAAUGGUAUGUGGAUUUUGGCAUCUGUUUCCAAAAAUGAUGCUGGUGAAUAUAAAUGUGUAGCAAGAAAUAAUUUUGGUAUUGAUGAAAGAUCCGUCAUCCUUUCCAUUGAAGAUGAUCCUAGUGGAGGACCACCACCAACUUCAAUACGCCCGGUUAUCAAUCCGCCACAAUGGAUUGGAACAGUUGGAGAAACGAUUAUAAUAACCUGCACUCCAUCUCAAAAUGCCAAUAUUACCUGGAUUAGAGAAGGAAAUAUUCCAUUGCCUCCUAUGGCCAGUCAACACAAUGGUGUCUUAACAAUUGUAAAUCCAAACCAGUAUGAUUCUGGUAUUUACAUGUGCAUAACAACUAGCCAUACAGGAACAGAAGCUAGCAAUAUCAUCAAUAUAACAGUAACACCGAGAAGAGCACCGCCAUCUGUCAAGGUGAAGCCUGAAAAACAAAUUGUUCCUCAAGGUACAGUAGCUGAAGUAAGAUGUAUGACAAGUGGGGAACCUGGUCUGCAAGUGAGAUGGAAAAAGUAUCCUGAACAAAUAAGUCCUAACAUGCAACAGGUUGGAGAUACCUUGAGAAUUAUUAAUGUCCAGAUUGAUGAUAGAGGUGUCUAUGUCUGUCGAGUCACAGGUCCAGGUGGAAGUCAUGAAGCUAGUGCUAUCAUUGAAGUUGAACCUAGAGAAGUUCCAAUAGUGGAGAUUUAUCCCAAAGAUGUCCCUCCAGUAACUCUCGGUGGGUCUACAGAUCUCCAAUGUCGAGCAGUUGCUGGAAUCCCUAUGCCAGUGCUCCAUUGGUCUCACGAAGAUAGGCGAUCGUUUCCUCCCAAUAUUAAACAACUUCCAGGAGGUGUUUUAAGGCUCUCUAACAUGACAGCUAACGAUGGUGGUGCUUAUGUUUGUUCAGCUGUCAAUUCUGUUGGUUCAAACUCUGCAAUGGUAUUCAUAGAAGUUCAAUCUGUGCCUACCAUCAUGAUUUUACCCAAAUCUGAAAUUUUGAAUGUAAAACCUGGCGACAGAGUACGGCUAGUUUGCAGUGCGACUGGAUAUCCUCAACCUACAGUCGCUUGGAGUAAACACUUAAAUGUAGCACCAUUUAAAACCAACGAGGUAACAUCAACUGCCCAAAGUGCUGUUUAUGAAAUAUAUUCCGCUUCUCCAAGUGAUGAAGGUUCGUACACCUGUUACGCGAAUAAUGCAGCAGGGAUUGUCGAAGAACGUGUCUAUAUCAGCGUGGAAGAUAUCUACCCGCCUGAAGAUAAACCCACUGCUGGCGAGGACAAUAGAGAUGAUGACAUUAUACCUAAGGACAAACUCGAAAUUUACAAUGGUGGCAAAGUCGAGAUGCGUUGCCAUGUAGACGAUUCCGAAGGAAAUCAAAUUUAUUUAGACUGGAAGAGAACGGACGGUAGACCAUUGCCAGAUGGUAGUUUUGUUCACAAUGGUGUACUGAUCAUUCCUUCUGUGGACAAGAGUGCUGCUGGAGAGUAUAUUUGUUCUGGAAUGGAUCAAGCCGGUCGUCUUCUCUUUGGUCCGAAAUCUCAUCUCGAAGUAUUAUUCCCGCCUAGAAUUGAGUUAAUUCCACCCAAACAAACAGUACGUUCAGGAGAAAAUCCGUCAAUUAUGUGCAGUACAACUGGAGAUGAACCAAUGACCAUAGAAUGGGCCCCUAUCGGACGUAGCCUUCCUUAUUCUGUUACCCACAAUCGUGGACUCCUCCAGUUUCAUGGAAUCACUUACUCUGAUGCCGGGAAGUAUGUUUGUAAAGCUACUAAUCGUGCUGGAACUGCUGAGGCAGUUGCUGAAGUUCUGGUAAAUGAACAUUCUUUUGAAGAUACAGACAUCAGAGCUGCUAAAAGAGAUAUAGUCACUUAUAGUGGACUGUCUGUACGAUUAAGGUGCAUGACUAGAGAAAGAACCACCAUACAUUGGACCAGAGAGGGACAACUAUUACCAUCUAAUGCUAGAAGAGAAGAGGAUUAUUUGGAGCUACCUAGAGUAAGGCCAGAAGACAGCGGAAGAUACAUUUGUCAAAUCCAAACUUCUCAUGGGACCUCCAGUGACUAUAUUAACCUAAAUGUCUUGUUAGUUAAUUUGCGUCCGGAUUGCACACGUAUGAACCAAACACAGUGCAGGAAAAGCAGUUGCAUAUGCGGCGUUCAAGGAUGCUUUCUGUUGGAUUACUUUUGCAACGUCAGUGCUCUCUUCUACAGCGAUAACCGCGACUACUUCUACAACAAACGGUGGAUUCGUCACUAUCUUCAGGAACAACGCGCUACUGAUGUACCUGCAAUCAAUGUGGAAGUCUCUCAGGACCCUGUAAACAUUGGUGAUACCAUUGACAUACGUUGUGUAUGCUCUGGAACCCACAAUCCACGUUACCAUUGGUCCAGACCAAACCAUCCUAAUUUACCAGGAAAUGCUCAAGAACAUGGAAAUAUUCUAAGAUUACUUAAUGUGGCUGUUAGUGACAGUGGACUGUAUAGAUGUACUGCUGACACACCUGAAGGCGUUUUUGAAAAGGAUUUAAAUCUGGUUGUCCAUGGUGGAAACAAUGAUGCACCAGCGAUUGAAACCAAGUACGCUCCUUAUGGGUCCAGCUUAGAAAUGGAUUGUCAGCCUAACAUCGAUCCACCCAUGAAAUUCGCGUGGAGCAAACUGGGAGGUUCCUUGCCACAAAAUGUUGAAAUUUUUGAGAGCAAAUUGAAGCUGAUCAGUGUUAAAGUAGAAGAUGCAGGAAUCUAUGUCUGCACUGCAAACAACAAUCGCGAAAAUAUAGAAAUACCCACAGUGCUUGUAGUAACAGGAGUAGUUCCACACUUCAGUCAGGCACCUCUAAGUUACAUUGCCUUACCUCCUUUACCUGACUCCUACCUGAAGUUUAACAUCGAAAUCUCCUUUAAACCACAAAGCUAUGAUGGUAUAAUACUAUAUAAUGAUGAAUCCAACCAUGGAAAUGGAGACUUUAUUUUGUUGUCAUUAAAUAGAGGCUAUCCACAGUUCAGCUUCGAUCUCGGCUCAGGACCAGCUGUUAUCCGAUCAGAAAAACCUGUGGCACUUGGUGAAUGGCACACUAUAAGACUCCAACGUAAUAGAAAAGAGGGAACUAUGUUAGUUGAUGGUGAAGGCCCUUACAAAGGCAUUGCAGCUGGCAGAAGACAAGGAUUAGACCUGAAUGCAUUAUUAUUUAUUGGUGGAGUCGCCAGUGACAAAAUAAUCAAUAAAUAUGCAGAGAUCAACAGUGGUUUUGUUGGCUGUAUCAGCAGAUUGAUGAUAGGGGAAAAGGAAAUUGAUUUGAUUGGUGAUCAGACAGAUAGUAUUGGAAUCACUAAUUGUGAGACCUGUGCUGAAAAUCCUUGUAACAAUGGCGGUGUAUGUCAGGAAGCUGCUACAAAAAAUGGAUACAUCUGCCUAUGUCGUGCUGGCUAUAGUGGAAAGCAUUGUGAUUAUAUUGGCCAAUCUUGCUUCCCAGGUGCUUGUGGUGAAGGUACUUGUGUAAACAAGGAAACGGGCUUCGAAUGCUAUUGUCCUUACGGAAGAACAGGUUCUCGUUGCGAAAACUCGAUGAAGAUCUACGAGCCAGCCUUCCAUGAUGAUAUAUCCUUUAUAGCGCACGAGACGCCAAAAGCUCUUAAACGGACGAGAAUGAACCCGACCAAAACAUACGAUCGAUUACGAGCACGCAACGCACAACUUAGAAAGCCACGAUCAAGGCGACAUCACCAUAAUAAGCCGCACCACACGAAACAUUAGUCCUUUUUUCACAACCAUACCUUUUCGAUGCACAUAAUGAUAGCGAAAGAAAAAAAAAGGAAAAGUGAUUUAUUAUUAUUAAAUGUUCGUAGAGAACAAAUCGAUUCUUGUAUAACUGCUAUUUAUAGUUAUCA